UGAAUUUGAAAAAAACAAAAUGGCCACGGCGUGUGCGUCUCGUAAUUCACGUUUAAGUUUUAUAAUUUGAAAAAAAAAUUAAUCAAGUGGUUCAUUAAAAAAAAAAAUAAGUUUAGAAAUUAAACGAAUAAUAAUUAAUAAAAACAAAAAUAAUUAUUAAUAAAUAAAUAAAUUUCAAAUACACAUAUGUAUAUAUGUUGGUGUAUGUAUAAUUUAUGAUUAUGAGUGUUAGGGUCGCGUGUUGGUGUUAAUAUGUGUAUUUUAGUAUGGAAGUCGUGCAGCAGCAGGCAAUAUCAGUGAUUCAUUAAAAAAAAAAAACCCAUACAACGUUUAGAAUAAUAAAUUAUCCGAAGCACCUUGGACUUAAAUUCCGUGACACAAUAAAAAUAUAUUUUUAAAAAAAUAACGGGUACAAGUGCAAGUAUAAAUAUUUAUAUUUAAUAUAAUAUAACAAUAAAAUAUAAAUAAGUAUUUAUUGUAAUAUGAAAAUAUGAAGGUGACAGUUUGCUUUGACAAUGUACGAGUUGUGGUGCCCUGUGGUGAUGGGAGUCUCCUGGUACGUGAACUUAUGCACGAAGCAAUUGUACGAUAUCGUAAAGCAACUGGUAAAUUAUUAUCAUCUGGAGUAACAGGAACAGGAGCACCACCAUCAUCAACAGAUACGGGACCAGUUAUAACUAGCUUGUCAUCAUUAACUGGUGGAGGCUUACUAGAUCCAGAUGACAGAUUGUGUGACGUUGCUGAUGACCGUGAACAAAUAAUUGCUCAUUUAUCAAUAACUAAUGGUGGGGACAGUAAUCAUGUUGGAGAUGGUGCUAGUUCUGUUGGUACUAAUAGUCCAGAUUUUUUCAAUGAUGACAAAGAUGGUGCGAUCCGAUAUAGAGCUAAUGAUCAUCGUACGAUGAGUAACAUUAAAAGAGAGAGUGUUAAAAGAUUGUCAAUGCAUGCGUUGUCAACACGUGACCCUCAUUUGACAACUUAUUCGGCGCUGUCAUUACCACGUGAGUCCAGAAGACGGGAACCAUUGGGUCAGGAUGCCAAGGCGGCAUUUGAAAUUACUCAGGAUGAGGUUCAGGAAAUAAUUAUUAAAAAUGAACCAGGACAAUUGGGAGUUCACGUUGUACCUUGUUAUGAUUUACAAGGAAAUGAUCAAGGACUGAGAGUUGAAAAAAUUGAUCCAAAUGGUAGAAUUGCUAAAGAUGGUCGUAUUGAUCUGCAUGAUAAAAUAAUAAGGAUCAAUGGUCAUAAUUUAUUGCGUAUACAUUUCCAAAAAGUUCAAGAAAUUUUAAGAUCUUGUACAAAUGAUCCUUGUUUAAAAAUUUCAAUUAUUAAAGCAAAGAAAAUUGUCAGUGGUGAAUCUGCGCCAAAGGAAGAUGAUAAUUAUCAUAAAAUAAAAGUACAGUCAAAUUAUAAUUUGUUACAAAGUGCAAAUACAAGAAAAAUUGGUAAAAUGAUUGAAAUAGAAUUGACCAAAGGUAGUGAUGGAUUAGGAUUUAGUGUUACGACACGUGAUAAUCCUGCUGGUGGACAUAUGCCAAUUUAUAUUAAAAAUAUAUUACCUAAAGGUGCUGCUGUUAGAGAUGGAAGACUUAGAUCUGGUGACAGAUUAUUAGAAGUUAAUAAAAUUGAAAUGACUGGCAAAAGCCAAAAUGAAGUUGUUGCUUUUUUACGAAGUAUACCACCUGGUGGUAAAGUUAGAAUGAUUGUUUCAAGGCAGGAAGAAGUUUCAACGAGUAAUUUAAAUGAAUUGACUUCUGGUACUGUUAGUCAUCAGCAGCAGCAGCAGCAACAACAGCAACAACAACAACAACAGCAGCAGCAGCAGCAAGAAUCAAAUCCAAGAUCUUGGAGUACACCGCAUUCAUCACCAGUUAAUAAAUCAACUGAAAAAUUAAUUGAAUGUUAUGAAUCACAAAAAAUAGGACCAUCAUCUCCACGUAAAAAAGUAAAACAUCUUGAUUUAGAUAUUCCAGUUUAUGAUUCAGAAAAAGCUGGACUUGGUGUUAGCGUAAAAGGAAAAACUUCAAAUGAUCAAAAUUCAAAUUCUGAUUUAGGAAUAUUUAUAAAAAGUGUUUUACACGGUGGAGCUGCUUCUAGAGAUGGUCGACUUAGGACCAAUGAUCAAUUGUUAGAGAUAAAUGGUGAGUCACUUUUAGGACUUAGUAAUUCAGCAGCUAUGGAUACAUUAAGACGAGCGAUGAUAAAUAGCAAGAGUGCAACAACGGGUAUAAUAAGUCUAAAAGUUGCUAGACAAGUUUCAUCAUCGUCGCCGUCAUCACCAAGUUUUGAUCGUAAUAAAAAUUAUCAAGAUGAACUGAUAACGGGAUUGGGUUCUUGUAAAGUUGAAACCGCAAACAGUAUUUAUAUUGAUGAUAAAGAUGAUAGAGAAGCAAGAGGAGGAGUUGGAGUUACAGCAGCGGUAGCAAGAGGAAGUGAACCUAGAAUUAGAGAUAGAGAUAGAGACAAUUUUAAUGAUAAUGACAAUGAUAUUGUUGAUAAUGGUAAUUUAAUGUCUUCAGUAUCGCCAUGGAAUCCAGUUAUUGAUAGACUUACUGAUCAGUAUAAUAAAAAUUCAAUACGUAAUGAAAGUUAUUGUCUUGCCACAAAUAAAACCUGGCGCGAAUCUAUUGGUCACAAAUUAUUUCAACGCGCAGAAGAUAUUUUACUUGAAGAUUCACAGGAUAAGCGGGCGUCUGAUAAAGAAAGUCAGUAUACUGAUGAUCCAACUUAUGAUAGCCAACUUUCAUUAGAAGAAUUAUCAGUAUCGAGUAAUAAAUUUACGCGAGAUGCAAUUGGAAGACAGAGUAUGUCAGAAAAAGGACAUGCUACACUUGAUGCCAAAAAUACAGACACUUAUAAACGUAAUAAAAAACUACGUCAAGAUAAAGACAGUAAAAAUUCAAGUAAUGAUUAUCAAUCACUUUCUGAUGAUGAACCUAAACCACCAUCAGCCGCUAUUGCUGCAGCUUCAGUAGCAGCUUCAGUGGCUGCUGUUUCAAGAGAUUUAGAUAUUAGAUCUGGUAAUAGUAGCAGUGGACCUGUAUCCGUAUCUGGAUCGGGACCAGGUACUGGAGGACUAGGAUCUGGAACUGGUACAGGGUCAGGAUCUGGAGUUGUUACUGAAUCAUCAUCAUUUGAAGCAACACGUAGACGUUUUGAAAAAAAAUCAAUGGAAAAUACUGAGUACGUUUAUACAAUACCUGGUAACAAUAAAGCGCGCAAGCAUUGGCUUGUCGAUGAUGAUCAGCAGCAACACCAGAAUCAACAGCAUCAGCAUUAUUAUUAUCAGCAGCAGCAGCAGUAUCCGGGAAAGGAAGAAGAAGGCGGGUUUUCAAAUACUCGUGGUGAUGUUAAACAAGCAUCACUUAAUUCAGCUUUAGAUAAACGAACUAAAAAAAAAGGAAUGAAAUCAUCAAUUCUACGAUUUGUAAAAAAUCGUAAAUCUUUAAACUUUGGAGAGAAUAUUGAUACAAGAGAUAAUAGCAAUUAUUGUAGCGGAACGAUCAAUUAUAUUCAAUGAAUUGUUUUUAUUUUUCAUUUUUUUUUUUUUUUUUACUUAAUGUUUAAUUUAAUGACAGACUUAUUAAAUAAUUAUUAUAAAUGUGUUGAUGCACUAGGGUAUAAAGAGAAAUGUUUAUAUGUAUUAUGAAACCGUUCCAAAGUGCCUUAUAUAUAUUAUUAUUAUUAUAUAUACAUUAAUUAUUAAUUGGUAAUUAAUAUUAUUAUAUUAUAUAUUGAAUAUAUGGAUAGAGAAAAUAAUUCCAAUGGACUUUUAAUAAAAGACAAGUAAUUUUUUAGUAUUGAUCGACUUAAUGAAAUUAGUGUAUAUAAUUAUUAUUAUUAUUUUUUUUUUUACUGGACUUAAUAUUAUACAUGUGUACAUGCAAUCAUGUAACUAUUGAAUAAAAACGUAUUUUUUUUA